UUUUAUUUCUUACCAAAAACAGAAGCUUAAGGUUAUGGAUGGAAGAAAAGUUACCGGAUGGGCUGCCAGAGACUCAUCUGCCAUCCUUUCUCCUUACUCUUUCCAUCUCAGGAAAACAGGUCCAGAAGAUGUAUUGUACAAGGUCUUGUAUUGUGGAAUGGACCACACUGAUCUUCAUCAAAUGAGGAAUGAGGUUCACCCCACUACAUACCCUUUGGUUCCAGGGCACGAAGUGGUGGGAAAAGUUGUUGAAGUGGGAUCAAAAGUGAACAAAUUUAGCGUAGGUGACAUUGUGGGAGUCGGAGGUAUGGUAGGAUCGUGUGGGGAAUGUUUGUGUUGUAAAACCAAUAAAGAACAAUACUGCACCAAAAUGGUGUUCACUUACAAUGCGAUCUACAAAGAUGGAAGCUUUAUGCAAGGAGGUUUCGCCUCUGCCAUGGUAGUCCAUCAAAACUAUGUAGUGAGCAUACCAGAAAAUCUAGCUCCAGAGCAGGCAGCGCCAUUGCUAUGUGCAGGAGUGACGGCUUACAGUCCCUUAAAACAGUUUAUCGACUCCAAAAAGCCGAUCAGAGCUGGAAUCUUGGGUUUGGGAGGAGUUGGUCAUCUGGGUGUUCUGAUAGCAAAGGCGAUGGGCCACCAUGUGACAGCGAUCAGCUCUUCUGAUAAAAAAAGAGAGGAGGCAUUAACCCAUUUGGGCGCUGAUUGUUUCUUGGUGAGCUCCAAUCCAGCUGAAAUGGAGAAAUCAAGAAACAGCCUCGAUUAUAUACUCGAUACUGUACCCGUUGCUCAUCCGUUACAAGAUUACCUUUGCCUUCUUGGAGUCGAAGGAAAGAUAUUCGUUGUUGGAGCCGUUCCUGAACCAUUGCAGUUCGAUGCAACAGGUUUGAUUUUAGGAAAGAAGACAAUAAGUGGGAGUUUCAUUGGAAGCAUUCAAGAGACACAAGAGAUACUUGCCUUUUGGGUCGACAAAGGUUUGAAGACGAUGAUAGAAGUAGUGAAAAUGGAUUAUGUGAACAAAGCAUUUGAGAGGAUGGAAAAGAGCGACGUGAGGUACAGGUUUGUGCUGGAUGUGGCUGGGAGCAAUCUUGAGUGACGGGUAAUCAUGGGACAGCAAUUUCAUGUAUGCAUAAGUUCAAUAAAUACAACCAGUUUCAAUGUUCAUG